CGCGCAUCCAAUUCGAAUCUUUUUGCCGUCAAAUCAGGACCACCACCCCCUCAGACACACAGAAAUACCCACAAAUCCUGCAUCAGUGAGACAAAAAUGCCAACCAUGUGGCUGUCCGACAACCAGAAGAUAGGAGUCAUCUUCUGCUCCGCCGGAGCACUAUUCCUAUUCGGCGGAGUUCUGAUGUUCUUCGAUCGCUCACUACUCGCCAUGGGCAACAUCCUCUUCCUCAUCGGCCUCACCCUCAUCAUCGGCGUCGAAAAGACCUUCGCCUUCUUCUCGCGCCGCCAGAAACUCAAGGGCACCGCCGCCUUCGUCGCCGGCAUCCUGCUCAUCCUCCUCCGCUGGCCGCUCACGGGCUUCAUCAUCGAGCUGUACGGGCUGUUCAUCCUCUUCGGCGACUUCCUGGUGACCAUCGGCCAGUUCGCGGGGAACAUUCCCGUCGUGGGGCCGUACAUCAGGACGGCGUUGGAGGCGCUGGCCGGCGGCCGGCGGAAUGCCGAGUUGCCGGUAUAAUAUCCUCGAAAUUGGGGUUCUUUUCAGCUUUCUUGCCCCGGCUCUCAUCCUUUUCCCCGUGCGCCAGAAGAGAAGAACUUGAAGCGGGAUUUCUACUGUCGUCAAAGCCUACUUCAAUAGGUGUCAAGCGACUUUUGCGGAUGU